GUUGGAAUUCGAUAUAAGAGUAGGUCGUAGUGCCGCUGUCCGGGCAAAAUUUCUCUCAUAGCACACUGUAUGGCGUAUGCCCGUCUUGAUUAGCCCAUUUCGGAGCUGUCCAACCUCGUGGGUUUUCUCCGGGUCCCAAAAUGACCUAGUUUGUGUCGAGUGGUUUUACUAUUACAAUAGUAUUUCCGACAAUAAACAUUCGUGUGUAUUUUCUAUUUUCCUUAGUUCAGUUGGAACAGUAAGGCGUUAAACACAAUUUUAUUUGUGUUGUUCUUCUCUCUACAGAUGGUAUCCCAUGGUAACACAAUGGAGCUCAGGCCUCUAUCUACGGAUAGUAUCCCAUGGUAAGACAACGGAGCUCGUGUCAUUAUUCCUUAUAGCUUCAUUAGCCGAGUAGGCAAAACAUUAGGACGUUAAACCCAAUUUCAUUUUAUUUAUACAUGUAGACUUUAAAUGAAUAUAGACGUUUAUGUGGGUUGUUCUUCUAUCUACAGAUUGUAUCCCAUGGUAACACAAUGGAACUCGUGAAACUAUUCCUUAUCAUUUCGCUAGGAAUUCCUAAUACCAAUGGUGGACCCAGUCCUAAAUUUACAUGGCCUCUAUGUGACAAGUCAUUGGGAUUUGAGGUGAUAGAGAAGCACGAUGGUAUUUAUCCAACAUCUACGGAUUGUUUUGAGUAUCAUAACGGACCGCAGUUCACAUCCACAACUACUACUAGAGCUUUACAUUUUAACGGUUGGUCAGCAUCGAGUUAUGUGGAGCUUAGUAUUCCAUCAGGCUUUAUUCCAGAAACAGAGUUUGGAAUAUCGCUAUACAUAUAUCCAGAGGAACUGCGUGGAACUUUAUUAUACUAUAAAGCAGAUUCAACAGCUGCUUCUGACGUCACGGAUGUGAUGCUUAGUGUGGAAAGCGACGGUAAAUUGCAUUUUGAGCUGAAGGACAGCUCUGGUACAAGUUUAAGUUCCAUAUCACAUGGCCCAGUUUCUAUAGAUUCAUGGACUCUAGUGCAGUUCGGAUAUUCACAGGAAAAUUCAAAGACAUAUCUUAACGUUGGUGGAUCCUCGGCACAAAAUGCCGGAAGUGGACAAUUCAAGACGGGCGGUACCAUGUAUUUUGGACGACGAAAUGACGCAACAGAACCGUAUCAUGGCAGCGUCACGUGUGUACUUAUGUUUGACAAGGCAGCGGAUUUCCCAACCACUUCUGAAACCAAUGACUACUGUGAAGAUCCUGAAGAAUGGGCAUCACGCCCACCAAUUACCCCUGAUUGCCAUUAUCCACCGACUCACAGUCCACCUCCUCAGAUCAUAACAGAAGCUGUCACGACACAAGACGCUCCUACCACCCAAAUAUCCACAGAAACUCCCACAACACAAGGUAUUCCCGCGCCUACUACCCAGAUAACAACUGAUGUUAUGACAACGUUGUCUCAAAGUACUCCAGUACACCUAUGGCCAUUAGACGACAAAGCUUUAACACAAGAAGUUAUAUCACAGCAACCUCCAUACUCUUCUGCACUAUCACUCUGCCCUAGAAUUCAAAGGAAUAAUUCAGUGUUCCCCUUUCCAAGUCUUUAUUUUGACGGGGCUUCAAUUUCUUACAUCAGAACAAAUUUAAAUCAAACAUUUUUACAAAGAAACUUUACAAUUGGACUGUUUUUGUGUCUGGACGAAAGAGAUAGUGGAACGGUUCUUUAUGUAAACGAUAACCAAGUGUCUGGAACAUCAAGGCUUAAGAUACAAACAAAUUGGAACAAUGUGACCGUAACAACAUCUAAUAUAGACGGAGCAAUAUGUGGUGAGGUUCUGGGUACCAACUUGGAAAUAAGGCAGUGGAAUACUUUGAUAGUAACCAGAAAUACAGCAACCGGAACUCUACAGCUGAAUAUAAAUGACGUCACUUCCUCUACGAACGAUAACUGUGCAACUGGUGAUACAAGUCAACCAUCUGAGAUAUAUAUUGGUACAGAUACAUGGAAGGAAGAUUCGUUCCGUGGUUAUUUACGAUGUUUAACGAUAUUUGACGAUGUUGUUGAUUCACCAGAUUUAGCAGGGGUUUGUCAAGCUACAACUGUAACAGCAUACUCUGCUCCAGCUCCACCGUGUCCAGCAAGAUCUGUGGAAACGGGAGUAUAUUUCAGAAAGUCAGCAACCAACAAAAAGCCAAAUGACGGUGUUAUAUACUCGACUGUUGAGGGUAACAAGAAACGCUGUGGUGGUCUAUGUUCUACUUUCAGUUUGUGCAGGUCGUUUGUAUUUGAAUUGCAGACAGGCACGUGUCAUCUCUAUGAUUAUGUAACAAAACAAGGAUUGGUGGAGGCCCCAGGAUAUUCAUAUUACACCAUCGUUGACAGAACUUGAUUCAAUAUGUAGUGAGGGUGGGAGAAAUGGGGUUUAACGUCUAAUCAACACAAACUAGGUUAUUUCGAGACUAACCUAUGAUUCAGUUUUAUUUCAAUACUUUGCUUGCGCGUAUGAGAAAACCUCAAGUGGUUGGACGGGCGACCAUACUCCUUGCCACCUACGUGUACAAACGAAAGAGAAAGAAAUGAAGUUAACGUCAACUCGACACAAACUAGGUCAUUUCGGGACUAACAUAUGGUUCAAUUUUAUUUCAAUAAUUCGCUUGC